CUAUACUAUCGUACGACUCCACCUUCCAAUUGACUCCACCACCCUUUUCCCAUCUUUUUUAUCUUUCUUUCUUCCUUUCAGAUCUAUAUCUAUAUUUCUAUAUCUAUCUCUCUCUAUAUAUUUUUCUGUGUGUCUAUAUAUUUUCAGAUCUAAGAAAAACCCCUGUUCAAGAUUUUAGAUAGAUCUGCACACCACCUGUUUGUUAAAAGUCUUCACUAAAAAUUCUCAUCUGGGGUUGUUAUGAACUCCUGAAAGGAGAAUUUAAUUUGUGGACUAAAUGGAAGAGGCUGGUACUCAAGUAGCUCCUCCUAUAUAUAUGUAUAACAAGAUGGGUCCCGGAAGGUAUUCCGAUGCUCAUCCGACGGUUAAGAAGCGUAGUUUACCGUUUCCGAAUGUAAGUUAUAUGCAACAGCAGCAGCAGCAGCAACAACAACAGUAUCUUCAGAGGUUAGUUCCCAGUUUAGACGAGUCUAGAAAAAGUUGGAAUCCAAAGAAUUGGGAAUGGGAUAGUUCGAAACUUGUGGCGAAACCAUUGGAUAGGAUGGAGAUUUCUAAGGAAUCACGAGAAACACAACCACAACAGCAACAGCGGAAGCAGCAACAACAGUCUGAGGUUAAUACGGUUAACUCUGAUGUCUUAAAGAAGAGCCCGGGUAAGGUAAUGGAAGAAGAUGCACAGCUUUUGUUACAGCUUGGUGGUGGAGGUUUGGGUUCUGUUGAGGAGCCAGUAACCAGACCUAGUAAGAGGGUCCGAUCUGGAUCACCGGGCAGUGGUGGAGGCGGUGGUAAUUAUCCAAUGUGUCAGGUUGACAACUGUAAAGAAGAUUUGUCAGCGGCUAAAGAUUAUCAUCGACGUCACAAGGUCUGUGAGCUUCAUAGCAAAGCUGUAAAAGCGUUGGUUGGAACACAAAUGCAAAGAUUUUGUCAACAAUGUAGCAGGUUUCACCCUCUUUCCGAGUUUGACGAGGGGAAGCGUAGCUGUAGACGUAGGCUUGCUGGUCACAACAGGAGAAGAAGAAAAACACAGCCAGAGGAUGUUGCUUCACAGUUGUCACUCCCCGGAAAUGGUGAUAAAAGUAACAACGGGGAAAUGGAUAUUGUUAACUUGCUAACAGUUUUAGCUCGUGCUCAAGGGAAAGCUGAGGAUGUCACUAAAAGCUCUUCGCCAUUACCUAAUAAGGAUCAGCUUAUGCAGAUCAUUAACAGAAUAAACUCUUUGCCUGUUCCGGUUGAUAAUGGGUCAAAGCUACCGUCUCCUGGAAAGUUAAAUAAUGUUGACCAAGAGAAAGCACCUUCCGAAAGUCAAAAAGUUAACAUGAAAACUGGCUCAUCAACUAUGGACUUGCUUGGUGGUCUUUCCGGCUCUGUGGGUGCACCUGCCCCUGAAACCUUGUUCCAAAACAGGAAUCAGGUAAUUGAGGCUGAUAAAACUAACUCCGGUUACCAUGACCAAACCAUGGUUCUCAAUAUGCCCAAACAACCUGCAACAGAGGUACAUUCGGGAGGAGAGAGAAGCAGUACAAGCUUCCAGUCCCGUGGUGAAGAUUCAGAUUGCCAAGUUUUGGACACUCCAGUUAACUUACAGUUACAGUUAUUUAGUUCUUCACCCGAGGAUGAUAGCCCACCUAAAUUAGCGUCAAGCAGGAAGUAUUUCUCAUCUGACAGCAGCAAUCCAACGGAAGAUCACUCACCAUCAUCUUCCCCACCUGUUGUACAAAGGCUUUUCCCAACAAAAGCUUCGAGAGAAAGAAUGAAGCCCGAGAGUAUGUCAACCAGUGGUGAGGAGACUGCAAAUGUCAAAUCUAGCAGACGCCAAAAUGGCGGCACAACCACCAUGUCCCUUGAGCUUUUUGGAGGCCUGAAUGGAAAUGAUAAUAUUUCCAUUCAAAGUUCACCUUACCGAGCUGGGUACACAUCUUCUUCUGGAUCUGAUCAAUCGCCUUCCAGUUUGAAUUCUGAUCCCCAGGAUCGUACUGGGAGAAUACUAUUUAAGCUCUUCGACAAGGAUCCAAGUCAUUUACCUGGUUCUCUGCGCACACAGGUCUACAACUGGCUUUCUCAAAGUCCAUCAGAGAUGGAAGGAUACAUAAGGCCUGGUUGUGUAGUUCUCUCUAUAUAUUUAUCCAUGCCGUCAUCUUUUUGGGAUCAACUUGAAGGAAACUUUCUACAGUAUAUCAAUGCUCUUUUGCAAGAUUCAGGUACAGACUUUUGGGAAUCUGGAAGAUUCUUAGCACAUACCGAGAAGCAAAUAGCAUCACAUAAGGAUGGGAAAGUCUAUUUGUUUAAAUCCUUGAAAGCAUGGAGUAUUCCACAGUUAAUUUCCAUCUCUCCUUUGGCUGUUGUGGCUGGAAAGGAGACUUCUCUUCUUCUAAGAGGCCGGAAUCUAAGGACACCUGGCACCAAGAUCUACUGCACACAUUCUGAUGGAUGUAUGCUGGAAGAAGCAACUGAAUCAACCAUACAUGAAUCUUCAUAUGAGGAAAUAAGUACAUGUAGCUUUAAUAUAUGUGCACCUAGUGCACUUGGUCGAUGUUUCAUUGAGGUUGAAAAUGGUUUAAGAGGUAGCAGCUUUCCUAUAAUUAUAGCCAAUGCUCCUCUCUGCCAAGAAUUGAGGCUUCUUGAGGCUGAAUUUGGAGACUUUUCAAACGGUCAUUUAACUUCGAUGAAGGACACUCUACACUUCUUGAACGAGCUUGGAUGGUUAUUCCAGAAGAAGGAAGGGGAUUCUAGUUAUAGCCUUGCAAGAUUCAAGUUCCUGCUUGUAUUCUCAGUGGAAAAAGAUUUAUGUUUAUUGGUGCAAACACUCUUGGGAAUUCUACUUCAAAAAGGGUCGGGUAUAUUUGAUGACGAGUCCUCUCUGGAGAUGCUGUCUGGGGUUAACCUUUUAAACAGGGCUGUUAAAAGGAGGUGCAAGAAAAUGGUUGACUUGCUCAUACAAUAUUCAGUUCUUGAUUCUGAAAAGACAUCCAGAAAGUAUGUUUUCCCGCCAAACCUUGCUGGACCUGGCGGUAUCACACCCUUGCAUUUGGCUGCUUCCACAUCUGAUUCGGAUGACAUAGUUGAUGCUUUAACCAGUGACCCACAGGAGAUUGGCCUGCUAAGCUGGAAUUCUUCAGUAGAUGUAAACGGUCUGACUCCAUUUGCAUAUGCAUCUAUGAGGAAUAACAAUUCAUACAACAUGCUAGUGGCCCGGAAGCUUACAGAUAGAAUAGCCGGCCAAGUUUCUGUACGGAUUUCCAAUGAGAUAGAGAUGCAAACAAGAAACGGGGAUCACCAAGAACUUAGUUUCAGAAUAAGGGACGAUCCUGCCCCAAAAGCUUGUUCAAGAUGUGCAGUGGUGGCUGCAAAACACCCCAGAAGGAUUCCUGGCUCACAAGGGUUGCUUCAUCGACCUUACAUACACUCGAUGCUUGCCAUAGCUGCUGUGUGUGUAUGUGUAUGUCUGUUUCUUCGUGGGGCCCCAGAUAUUGGCCUUGUUGCGCCCUUUAAGUGGGAGAAUUUGAACUUUGGUUCGAUGUAAUGCAUGCACCAAAAAAGAAUAAGUAGGAUGAGUUAUGGUAAAAAUCAUAAUUUAACUUUUGGAAAGGUGAAUAAGCAAAACGGGAUCAUUGACCGGUGUAACAUUCUUUAGAUGAAACGUGUCCUUCGCCUGCAUUGAGCUUUUAGAUUUAGGUUUUCGUUCAAAACCGAACGGUGACUUGAAACAUAAAACAGACAGGUGGUCGGUGGUGGUUGUCUGGUUGAUGUUAUUGACCGUGGCUGACUUGUUACUAGUAGCGGUUUCUUUAAAUAUGUAAGUUCCUAAUAGAAAAUAGUGUUUGCGUCUUGUUUUUUGUAUAUUGUUUGGCAAAUGGAAAGGAUCGUAUAUGUAGCUGUAUCUUGUUUUUUGCUUAAUAGACUUUCUUAUAUCA